UACUUCGGUACCAAGGAAAAACCGAUAAGUAGUAAAAACAUACRGUACCUMGUACSGUACUCGUGCUCUUACGGUAGGGUACAACUAUUUUCCAUGGAUACUACGAGUACGUACGGGAGGGAAAAGUGAUUCUCGAGGCAAUAGGCAAUUGCUUUGUAAUUUGGCCAAAACCAUCAUUUUCUCAAAUCAUCAUGUUGUCGCAACUCAAGUCGAGAGAGAUAGCACCUGCUCCGAUGGAACCAUCGAAGCAGGAACCUGAGAGUGGUGACACGAAACAUGAAAAGGUUGGAGAAGGAGUUGACCUUGGUUUACAAGCGGCGAAAAUGGGUGUAUGCGACGCAUUGUGUUCGUUGGCCAACAGCGCCACAACUCUGCACCCAACAACAAUACGGACACCUGCUGCAACUCAUCUUGCAACGAAUUCGAUGUCCGUUUCCGUUCCGGGCAGCCAACUCCGAAUGCACGGCUUUCUUCCUCCUCCUGCCAUGGUUCCUGCAGUACUUCCUGCUGUUCAGCAGCCUCCACAACUGAUAGCUCCAACCACCACAAUUUCUUCGGGUGCUAACACGACUACGAUUACUGCGAGUAAAAUUACUAGUAGUGGGACUAGUAAUGGGAAAUCUUCUAUGAAAGAGAAGGCUUGCCCAAAACAACAUCAACUUCCCUUAUUUUUGAGCAGUAAGUGUUUUGUGAUUCCGUUUCGAAACAUGAUUCAAUASAAAAAAAGGAAUCCUGGAUUGAAGAAUUGGUUUUUCAGAAUCGAUUUUUCGUUCGCAUUCCAGAAUGUUCUGGAAGAAACUUUCGCGCAUUCGUCUACAUUCGUUCGUCGUGCGUAUUUCGGACUCACCAAAGAAAUUUCCAGAAAAAUCCGUCAUACUAGUACGAGUACCUGUAGUUGACAUCUCCGAGAAUUUCCUUGGCGAAUGAACCAACUGAAGAAGGCAGAAAAUGAAUCAUCAUUAUUGUUGUUUUCGUUAUUGCACCGUGCGGUACUGUAUUCUUUCGAUAUACGACAUGAAUCGGUGGUAUCUACGCAUCAUUUUCGUAAACHUAUGUACAGCGUUGACUCGAAUGAUGCGACAGGCAUCAUAUGUCCUCAGAACAGAUGACUUUUCUCAACUUCACCUCUUCCCCUUAUUCAUCGAUUAGAAACAUACCACAUGAUAGAUCGAUGCGAUCCAGACAUUGCGACUUGGUCGCCURCGGGAGAUAAUUUCGUUGUGAAAAAUGUCGAAAAGUUUGCCAGUGCAGUUCUGCCGAUGUAUUUCAAACACAGUAACUUUUCAAGUUUUGCCCGACAGUUGAACUUUUACGGCUUUCGGAAACUCCGUUCCGAUCCCAUUCUAACCAACGACAUUGAUCCUCAAACUGCAGCCUAUGUUCGCUUUUAUCACGAAAAGUUUCAAAAGGGACGACCGGAACUUCUUCACAGCAUCAAGCGGGCGACAAAGUCUGACCAGCAAUCGAAGGACGAUGUUGACGAUCUCAAGUCGCAGGUGUUGAAGCUGAAACAGUGCGUCGUYGACAUGUCAACGCAAAUGGAACGAAAACUCUCUGAAAUAAACGAAGAAAACACUCGUAGAAUGAGUUACUUGACGGCACAUUACGAGAAGCUCGCAGCCUUAGUUUCUCAUCUUCUGCAACAGCAACAGCAACAGCAACAGCACCAACGAUUUCCCAAGCUGCCCCCCCAGCAUUUACCUGCAAUCCAUCCACCACAGCCGCCAUCUUCUUCCGAGCAGCCACAAGAUGCACCAACCCCCCCACUCCCUCCAAUAGUUGAGACCAUGAACGCAGUCCCAACGACAAGCAGUACGACGACGUCCGUCAGUACAAGCGGAAGUGGGGGAUUAUCCACAMCCCAUACUUUAUUCACUCCUAAUGUGUCCUCUGAGUCCUUGUCUUCCAAUAUCUCUACAGUYCCAUCUCAUGUAGGCGGUUCUGCACGUGUUGGACAGCGGCAACAGCAAAAAAUGGAAUCGCUCUCGCAAGUAGUCGCGAUGAGUUUGAUGGCAACUGGAGAUGGAGGAAUUCCACAGCAAUUCGUUACGCCGGACAGAUGUGCACAAGGUUAUACAUUGCCGAAGAACCUUGCAUUGAUAACACAGAAUUUGGAAUAUAUAKCCGAAGAAAUGAAGAAGAAUGAAAAGACAGUAACCGCUGCUUCAACACAAAAUAGUGUAGCAUCGAAACAUGCCUCAAAUGGAAUGAAGRAUAUCGGGCGAAGACUUGCAGCUUCACUGCUGAACGGAGAUUUCGACAGUGUCCAACGAUUUCUUCUGGCGGAUGAAUCAAAAACGAUAUCACCACGAGUCGAGGUUGAUACGACGACGACAAAACGAGCAGCUUCGGAAAGCAUUCCGUCAUCCGAGCCGCCGUCCUCGCGGUCGAGAAUAAUAUAAUUUCGUCCAUAGAUGAUGAGGAUACUACACUUUGUACUGUUAUGGAUGCAAUCUAUUCUUUCGUGCUUCAUAAAUAGUCAGAGAAAACGAUUGCAAUAGAUUGAUUCAAGCAUA